AUGCUGACCCGCCUGUUCAGCGAGCCCGGCCUCCUCUCGGACGUGCCCAAGUUCGCCAGCUGGGGCGACGGCGACGACGACGAGCCGAGGAGCGACAAGGGCGACGCGCCGCCUCCGCCUCCGCCUGCGCCGGGGCCAGGGGCUCCCGGGCCCGCCCGGGCCGCCAAGCCGGUCCCCCUCCGUGGAGACGAGGUGUCGGAGGCCGCGCUGGCCGAGGUCAAGGAAGAAGGCGAGCUGGGGGGCGAGGAGGAGGAGGAAGAGGAGGAGGAGGAAGGGCUAGAGGAGGCAGAAGGUGAGAGGCCCAAGAAGCGCGGGCCCAAGAAGCGAAAGAUGACCAAGGCGCGCCUGGAGCGCUCCAAGCUGCGGCGGCAGAAGGCGAACGCGCGGGAGCGCAACCGCAUGCACGACCUGAACGCGGCGCUGGACAACCUGCGCAAGGUGGUGCCCUGCUACUCCAAGACCCAGAAGCUGUCCAAGAUCGAGACGCUGCGCCUCGCCAAAAACUACAUCUGGGCGCUCUCGGAGAUCCUGCGCUCGGGCAAGCGGCCCGACCUGGUGUCCUACGUGCAGACGCUGUGCAAGGGUCUGUCGCAGCCCACCACCAACCUGGUGGCUGGCUGCCUGCAGCUCAACUCGCGCAACUUCCUCACAGAGCAGGGCGCUGACGGCGCAGGCCGCUUCCACGGCUCGGGCGGCCCGUUUGCCAUGCACCCCUACCCGUACCCAUGCUCGCGCCUGGCUGGCGCACAGUGCCAGGCGGCGGGCGGCCUGGGCGGCGGCGCGGCGCACGCCCUGCGGACCCACGGUUACUGCGCCGCCUAUGAGACGCUGUACGCGGCGGCUGGCGGCGGCGGCGCGAGCCCGGACUACAACAGCUCCGAGUAUGAGGGCCCACUCAGCCCGCCGCUCUGUCUCAAUGGCAACUUCUCGCUCAAGCAGGACUCGUCGCCCGACCACGAGAAGAGCUACCACUACUCUAUGCAUUACUCGGCGCUGCCGGGUUCGCGGCCCACCGGCCACGGGCUGGUCUUCGGCUCCUCGGCUGUGCGCGGGGGCGUCCACUCGGAGAAUCUCUUGUCUUACGAUAUGCACCUUCACCACGACCGAGGCCCCAUGUACGAGGAGCUCAAUGCGUUUUUCCAUAACUGA